AAGCAUAAAUAACAACAAUAACAACUAAAACAUUAAGUGCUGCAACUAGAACAACUACAACAACAACAACUUGAACAAGUGUCGCCGUUUCUUCAUGCAAAAUAACCAUUCUGUGAUAUCUUAAGAUCCAAAGAUGACAUCGUUAACCUUGCACUUGAUAGUGAUAGCGCUGCUGGCGACGGCAACAGCAAUAACAAUUGCAACUGACACAACAGCAACCACAGCAGCAGCAGCAACAGCAGCAACUUCACGUAACGUUGGUCAGCGUGGCAGAGGCGCAGCAGUGGCAGCAGUUGCAGUUGCUGGCGGCGGCAGCAGCAGCAGCAGAUGGGGAGCUGCAUCAACAACAACAACAACAACAACAAGCACGCAGGCGCCAACAUUGCGCGCACCGCGUCAGCGACGUCCGCCCACAACGCAGCCCAUUGAUGCGACCAGCAGCAGCAGCAGCAGCAACAGUCGCAAUGGCAAUCGCUUUAGCACAACGCCAAUGCCAGCAACAGCAACAACCACAGCAGCAGCAAGACAGCCAAGACGUCGUGGUACAACAACAACAACGACAACAACAACAGCAGCGCCUUUGUCUGCGCGCAGCAGCAGACGCGGCAGCGUUAGAGCAGCGCGUCAGCCACGCGACACGCCAACAGCAGCAGCAGCAGCAGCAACAACUGCAGAUAUUGCAGCUGCUGUGGCCGAGUUAACGGUAAAUGAAUGGCAACAGGGGAGCGCCAAUAGUCGGCGCCACUCACAGCAGCCGUUGAUGACAACGGCCAACUUUAAUGCACCCUACUCCUCUCCAUCCUACGCUUCAGUUCGCAGCGGCAGCAAUCACAACAGCAACAGCAACAGCAACUACAACAGCAACAUCAGCAAUGGCAGCAGCGGCGGCGCUCAAAAAACGCCGCGGAUGAUUCAACGCUUGGUGGCGGGACACAUACAGAAUGCGCAGGGUCAUUCCACAUAUCAAGUAUCCGCCGUGAGUGCCAACAGCAGUCGCAGCAGCAGCCCAACCACAACGACUACAACUCGCAAGCCCAAGGCAAGCAGCAGCUAUCGACUGGGCAGACCCACAAGCAGAAGCAGCACAUCGAGCACACCCACAGCUGAGCAGGAUGCGGAUGCUGAUGAUGAUGAGGCGCUGCUGAAUGAGCCCGAUGACUUUGGCAGCUGGGAUAACGGCAUUCUAAGAUUGAGCGCUGGCUCUGGCAAGGAGGAAGCAGCCAGCCUGCAGUCCAAGUCAAGCAAGAGCAAGGGCAAGGACGAGAGCAAGAAGACGCUGGCGGAUCAAGUGCGUGAUGGCAAAUACGGUUUGAUCGAGCGUGAGCUGUUCCGGCGCCAACCCAAGCGUCCCGGCGUGCUAAGCUAUGCGCGUAAUCCCGAAAUGCCGUCCGACAAUGAGCGCAACUAUGGCGGACUGCAGGAGCAGGACAUUUGGCUGGCCGAGGAUCAUUUGCUGGUCAUCAAGGGCGGCGCGCUGAACGAAGCUGACGACGGCGACGACAACUUUGGUGGCAACGAUGCGUGGCCAGCAAUCGAUGAUUAUGAUGCGCCGCCGCGACAAAUUAAGCUGCCCUCCAAGCCCGCCGUGGCGCCUCCCUUUCCUGUGCAGCUCGAGCCGCACGGGCCGCUGCAGCUUAUACGCAAUUAUCCAAAACAGGCGGCGUCUGGCCACGCCCACGCCCACGCCGCGGCGGAAGGCAAAGGCAACGCUGGCGCAGCGCUUGCCGCGCAUACUGCUGCCUGGAGCGGAGCGACUGCAGCAGCUGCAGCGCUUGAGCCGCAGCAGCCGGCGUCCCCGCCUUGGCUACUCUACGGCAGCAACGGCGGCGGCAACAGCUCGGCCUACGCCGGCGGCAGCUUACCGGCGCUGCUGCAAAACCUCAACGCCUCCGAUUUCGACGAAGACGAUCCGUCGCUCUACUACCCGCCCGCCUACAGCUUCGUCUACAGCAGCAACUACAGCAAUCCGGUGCCGCCGGGGCCGCUGGUGCCGGGCAUAGUGUUGCCUCCGCCGCCGGAUCAGUUCAGUCGCCUCGACGACAGUCCGAGCACCACACGCAGACCCAGCACCAGCAGCACCACUACUACCACCACCACUACUACUACCACUACUACUGCUGCUAGCAGCACCAGCAGCAGCAGCUCGACGAGCACCACUCGCUCGCCCGCCGCACGCUUGAAGCUCAAGUAUCUGCCACCCGCUGCGCCCACGCCACGCCCCUCGUAUAUCGAACGCGUGCCUGUGCCCGUGGCCGUGCCCAUACCCAUCUAUCCCAUCAACUAUCAGCCCAGCAGCACGCCACGCCCACAGCCAGCCCAGCAUCUUGUGUUUGUGCCCAGCUCCACGGAGCCCGCGCUCUCCAAGUCCAAUCCCAUUUACUACGAGUAUGCGCUCAAGUCCAAUCUGCUGGAGGACAGCGCGCCGCCACGCCCACUGCCCUCGCUCAUAAACAUAACACCCAAGCCACGCCCACAGCUGCAGUCGGCCUAUGACGCCGCCUUGGGUCAGCUGCUCAGCAGCAAUCUCAUCCAGACCGGUCGCUUCCAGCCGCCAGACUUUGAUCGCCAGCCCUUCCUGCCCAUGGUCAACUACAGCGCCGACGAGCAGGACGAACAGUCCUUCAAGGCCAUUGUGUAUCCAGCCACAGCCACGCCCACUGCAGCGCCUGCGCCUCCACGUCAGCGUCAAUUGCGUCUGGGCAAGCAGCAGCAGCUGCAAGCUCUGCCCCCCGCACAGUUCCAGCUGCGUCCACCAGCUGUCGCUGCAGCGCCCUAUUGGCCACGCCACGCCCACAGCCACACCCAGACCCACAGUCAUGCUCAUGGACCACCACCACCGCCGCCUCCAGCUGCGCCUUUGAAGCGUCUACGCGUUGGCGGCGGCAACAGCGCCUCCUCCAAAUAUCCGCCCUACUUUGUGCCCAGCUAUGCAAGUGGUCCCAGCUCCGCUGAGCCGCUCUAUCGCUUAUAUAAGCCUUGGCGCCACAACAACAAAGCGCCGCCUCAGCCGCCCUAUCAGCAACAGCAACAUCAGCAGCAGCAGCAGCAACAGCAGCAACCACCGCCGCCGCCUCCACCACUGUCGCAGUCUUAUUAUCCGGAUAGAUCCGUGCAAAUUGGUCACAGCCUGGCCAGCGAUAUAUUGGUCAACUACAGUGCCAACAAUCAGUUUAAUCCGCAGGCAGAGCUCGUGCCACAUGCUCAGCUGGGACCGCCACCCUUGUCCUAUCAGGCGCAAACUGGCGGACACGCCUCCAUCUGGGCGGACAGACCCAUUCGACAGUCGCGUGCCCAGCUACAUGCCCAGGAUUAGAGCAGAGAACCACAACAAGUUGAUGACUAAGGGGUAUGUAGCUCAUACUACCAGCAACUUCUUACAGAAAUAGAUACUACGACUAUAUAUACAGAUAUAUAUAUAUUUAUACAGCAGACAUGGUAUUGGUUAUGCAUACAGGUGAUUUUUGCAUAUAGGCGAUUGAUUUUAGAUAUCUUCGAGUAUUUAUCGAUAUCACUUGACACUACACAGAGAGAAACUACAAUUGAAUCUGUGCUCAAUGUUUUCGCAUGCAACUCAACUUAAUUAGUUGCUCUCUCAUUAUUGAUCAAUUGAUCAAUUUAAAGCAACAGCAAUAUAUAUUUAGCAUAUAUAAUUCAACUAUUAUUACACGUAGUGUCUAAAUGUGAUCUAAAAACAAAAGCCUACAAGUCGUUGGGUUAUUAUUUAGAUACAAACAUACUAUAUAUAUGUUCUUGAAUGAAUUCUUAAAUGCUUCCAUUUUAAAUUAACUAAAUCUUUAUAUUAAUGCCUAUAGCAUCGAAGCAGUCUAGUUCUUUAGCUGUAUAGAGUUCAUAUUUUUCAUAAAUCAAGAGGAAAUUUAAACUUAAUCAAGCUUAAGUUACACACACACACACACACACACACACACACACAUACACACGCAUACAUAUUUAUAUAUAAAGCAUUAACUAAUAAAUAAAUCGACCUGUGUAAAUAGUUUAAGCAACGAUAUUUAGUUUGUACGCCAAAUAAUUGCUUAUCGGUUACAAUCGGUCAUCGUUAUUUUGCGAUUGUUACACGAAAACAUAGUCCUUAACAUUUCGGGGGAAUAACAAACAUUGCAAGCCGAAUUAUUCAAAUAUACCAUAUGCAUAUCUACUUUCUAUAAUGAAAUGCAAAUAAUUAACUUUGAAUGUAUAAAAGCCAUAAUAAUAAGUUCACUAUAAACUAAAGCAACGCACACAAGAACACUUGAAAUUACAAAAAACAAAAAUUUACUUGACAUUACACAAAA